AUGUCUCAAAGCACGAUAUCCACCGCCGCUUCGUCCGGCGCUCCCAUCCAACCGUCGUCCAAGGGCACCGCUGCCGCGCCCAAGCUCAACUCCCAAGACAUGGAGAUGGGCAAUCUCCCCGGCGACGCGCCUCCUCCCGAGCCGGACAUCAUGCAGAUUGCCAGGGUCGGCGACAUAGCGGCGAUGGAGAAGCUGUUCGAGUCGGAGGAUUACGAUGCGACGUAUACUGACGACGAAGGCAUCACGCCGCUUCACUGGGCCUCCAUUAAUAAUCAAUACGGCAUGUGCAAGUUCCUGAUCGAAAACGGCGCCGACAUCAACAAGAAGGGAGGCGAGAGCGUGGCGACGCCCCUACAAUGGGCCGCCCAACGCUCCAAUUACUACACCGUCAACCUCUUGCUCCAACACGGUGCCGACCCUCUCAUAACCGACGCGCAGGGCUACAACACCCUCCACAUCUCGACCUUCAGCGGAAACGUCUUGUUGGUGGUGUUGUUAUUGCAUCAGGGUAUCCCCGUCGACGUAGCCGAUGCGUACGGCCACUCGAGCCUUAUGUGGGCUGCAUACAAGGGCUUCCCGCAGUGCGUAGACCUCUUUCUCCGGUGGGGGGCCAGCGUCCACGCGACAGACGAGCAGGGCUUUACCGCCCUACACUGGGCUCUGGUCAAAGGGUCUCCGCAAUGCAUACUAAAGCUCUUGGAGUAUGGCUCGGACCGGUUCGCGAAGACGUCAACGGGCAAGACGCCUGCGAUAACCGCCAAGGAUCUCAACACCGUCAAUGCCUGGCACCGCGCUUUGAAGGAAUGCGGCUACGACGAAGACGGGCACGCUGUGACGCCCUGGUGGCCCGGGUCGUCCUUCUUCCUCAAGGACAAGCGAGAUUUCAUGAACAAGUUCUUGUUCCUGCUGCCUAUCGCGCUGCUGUGGAUCGAGCUGAUGGUCUUUGCUCACUUCCCCAUCUUCUUGUCCGUGCCCAUCUCGCUGCUGGUUGGGUUUGGAUUUCAGUGGAUCACAAACCAAGUGCUCGAGUAUGCACCGUCGGAUAUGAGACAUCUUCACCGGACACCUUGGCUAGCCGGCAUCUUUGCCGCUUCUCUCUUCCUCGUGGGCGUACGUUGGCUCUUGACCAUAUUACCAUGGACCUUCUCGAGUCACCCACUCAUCAAUUUCACCUUCCUAUUCUUCUACGGCCUGACGGCGUACUUCUACGCGACGUGCAUGGUCUUUGACCCCGGGUUCGUCCCCAAGAUGAACGGAAUCGCGGAGCAGAAGGCUGUGAUUGACGAGCUUUUGAGCCUGUGGAAAUUUGACGAAUCCAACUUCUGCGUCACUUGCAUGAUUCGAACCCCCUUAAGGAGUAAGCACUGCCGACGGUGUCAGCGGUGUGUAGCCAAACACGAUCACCACUGCCCGUGGGUUAACAAUUGUGUGGGCGUGAACAAUCACCGACACUUUUUUCUCUACCUGAUUAACCUAGUCUUCGGAAUUUUAGCCCUGGAUUGGUUGCUAUACUAUUACUUCCUCGCCCUGCCAGAGCCCAAGUCUGACGACUGUCUCGUUCUAUCGGAUUCCCUGUGCAAGAUCGUCAACGCAGACUCCUAUACCGUUCUCCUCGGCGGUUGGACGACGUUGCAGCUAACGUGGGUUGGCAUGCUCAUCUUCGUGCAAUUCGUACAAAUCGCGCGCGCUAUGACGACGUACGAGAAUAUGUACGGCAUUCAGGACGGUUCCGCGUCGUCGUUAGUUUCGGCCUUCACGAGCACCGGCGCCCCGCUAGAUCCCAGCCACCCCAGCGCGGUGCCCCCGUCCGCCGCUGCCGAUCCCCUCGGAACCGGGAGAGGAGGACACGCUCAUAAGCACAAGAGCUUCUUGAAGCAGUGGGGCCGCUUGCUAGGCGUCGACACGUUCAUCGAGACGGCGGCGGGUCGGGGUGCCGCCACGGGCAAGAAGCUGAAGAAGAAGAAAAACCCGUACAACAGGGGUCUCGUGCAGAACUGCCGCGAUUUCUGGUGCGAUCCGUCGCCCGUAUUUUGGCGCCGCGAAACAGGGGACGCGCUCCUCGGUGGCGAGAAGGUGAACUACACCGAGAUCUACGAGAGCCCGACCGCGAUGGGCUUGGGUUUGAGCGGCGCGAACGGGCGGAGGAGAGACGGUUACGAAACGGUGGCCGGCGAGGAGGUAUAGUGACGCAUUCCACUUUCCGGGAUGCGAAUCGACGCAAAUGAAUGUGAAUGUUUGGCAUAGCGUCACGGCUAUCGGUGGCCACGGAUGAAGCACGAAGCAUUAGAAUGCGUACUAAUAAGAUGCCGCGCCCGCGCCUUGAUACCCGAAUGUGCUGCGGUGUUGACGAAUGUGGGGUGGCUUGAAAAGUGCAUUAGGGAUUCGGGAAGGAUAUUCGUUUUCAGGCAGUCUCACGAUGAGCACGACUAACCCACCUGGUUAAAGGAGUAUGGGACAGUGACCAAGUGUGAGCGAGUGCAAUAGCGGUCGCCGUAUACACACGAAAAAGCUAAAACGCGGCAACGUCAGGCAGAAAAUAAUGCCCGAAAUAUAACUUGUCUACCCAGAAGACCAAUGCCCAGGCAUCCCUGACGCGCAGUAGUCAUGUAGAGGACUCGGCCUGCUGCCCAGCAUAGCAAUCACCCCUUUGCCGAUUCCUCGUGGGUAGCCAGCCCUCCGUCUGCUCUUCAGGAGGGGCGGCCAGUCCCGCGCGU